GAGCGGUGCUCCGGCUCCGCUCCGUAACCCAACAAAUAAAUCACUGGAAGCAGUUAAAACUUGCUCUGAGACAGGCAAAGCUGUCGUGUAGCGUUUAAAGGGAACUUCAGCCAUGUGCUCUGUCUGUGCGGAAUACAUAAAGGCUCUGCCUUGAAUUAAUCACUCGCUCUUUAAUGGAUCUUUGAGGAUCGCACUUGACGCAGUGAGGAGCUGCAGCUCUUUGUAUUCCGAGGCCAACAGGAAUCUUGUGUUUUUCCCCCGUCCGAUAUCUACUGCCUCUUACAAAAUGUCAAGGGGUUCAUGGUGACAUAGGGACCCCGCUUUUGGUUACGGAGAGACUACGGGGCUCUUGCUUCGCUGCGCGAAAGAGAGACAGGCCAGAUACUGAUGGUGGAUCUCAGACAUGUGUGUGAUCACUGGACAUUUUGACCCGAUCAGUCGGGGGUGCACCUCUGGGCCCAUAAAUGAGACUAAAAUGGUGGAUGAGAAGACGAGACAAGAGGAUGAAAGCCAUCAACAAUGCUGUACUCUGGGGAAAUAAGCACAGGCCAUUUUGACUUGGAGAAACACUAAGACCCAGCUAUACCACUCCACUAUAGUGAAACGCUCUCCAUUUGAGACCCAACCUGUAAAUGCAUAAGCUAUGGUCUUUAAUAAAAGGCUUGACAUUUCAGUACAAAAACCCUCAACUCAUGUGAAAUAGUUAUCUGGACCAUACACUGGACUUUCCAUCCCUUGGCUGAAUCAAGGGAAAGGGUUUUUUACCCUGCCAGAAUACUGUGAGGUUCCAUCCAGCCUAUUAAAACUCAAGUGAUUCCCCAAGCUGGUAUUGCUCAUGGCUUCCAGGAGGGCUUCAGGAGCUUUUAAUGGAGGCAUGUUGAAGUGUGCCUUCUUCUGGUCUUUGGCAUUAAUCUAUCUGACUCGCAUAGCUGGAGUAAGGGGGGAUUGCUGGCUUAUAGAAGGAGAAAAGGGAUUUGUAUGGCUGGCUAUUUGCAGCCAAAACCAGCCACCCUAUGAAGCUAUCCCUCAGCACAUCAACAGCACCAUAGUGGACCUUCGUUUGAAUGAGAACAAGAUCAAAAGCAUCCAGUACUCUGCCCUUAGCCGCUUUACCAACCUAACAUAUCUGAAUCUGACGAAGAAUGAGAUUAAUUAUAUUGAAGAUGGGGCUUUUUCAGCCCAGUUCAAUCUACAGGUUCUCCAGUUGGGCUUUAAUAAACUGCGGAAUUUAACAGAAGGGAUUCUCAGGGGUUUGGGCAAGCUGCAGUACCUCUACCUCCAGGCCAACCUGAUUGAGACUGUGACACCCAAUGCCUUUUGGGAGUGCCCAAAUAUAGAAAACAUUGACCUUUCCAUGAAUCGCAUCCAGGUGCUAGAUGGCUCCACAUUCACUAGCUUGACUAAGCUGACCACCUGUGAGCUCUACACCAAUCCUUUCAAUUGUUCCUGUGAGCUCUUUGGGUUUGUCAAGUGGCUCUCAGUCUUUCCCAACAGAACAAGCGAACGGAUGGUGUGCGAUUUACCUGCCGAAUUCUCUGGCUCCAAUCUCCUAAGCCAGAACCCAAACAAUCCAACGGAUCGUAACGCUCUGCAUAUGCUGUCCACUGUGUGCACGGAAGACUAUGUGACAACGUACAACCCUGUGCCUCCUGAGACCACUUCUCUCCCUCCAGACUCAACACCGUGUGGGCUGGAAGACUGUCCGUCUGGGACCGAGCCUGAGGAAAUCAGCAUUAGUCCCACUUACAUAGACUUAGAUGUGAAACCAAUCAUGAAACUUAAGCAGGUGACUUACACAAAUGCAGUAAUCACUGUUCAGAUUCCUUACCCCUACAAGAAAAUGUACAUCCUGGUUCUGUACAACAACAGCUUUUUCACUGAUAUACAAAAUCUCAAACGGCAAAAGGAAGAUAUUGAACUGAGAAAUCUAAAACCCCACACCGACUACACCUACUGUGUGGCUUCCAUAAGAAACUCCUUGCGUUUUAAUCACACCUGUUUGACUCUAUCCACAGGGCCUAGAAAUGGAAAAGAGAGAGUAGUUAGCAAUGCAACAGCCACUCACUACAUAAUGACCAUCUUAGGAUGUCUGUUCAGUAUGGUAAUCAUUUUAGGCAUUGUCUAUUAUUGCUUACGGAAAAAGAGACAGCAAGACGAAAAGCACAAAAAGGCAGGCAAUUUGAAGAAAAACAUCAUUGAGCUUAAAUACGGUGGGGAACUGGAAGGUGGGACAAUUUCCAGGAUGUCCCAAAAGCAAAUGAUGGCUGGGGAGAGCAUGACCCGAAUGCCCUACCUACCCUCAGGCAGUGACAUGGAGCAAUACAAAUUGCAAGAUAUAACCGACACGCCAAAAAUGGCCAAAGGGAAUUACAUGGAAGUGAGGACAGGGGAGCAUCCAGAUCGAAGGGAAUGCGAGAUGUCAAUGCCUAGCAACAGCCAAGGCUCUGUUGCAGAGAUCUCAACAAUUGCAAAGGAGGUGGACAAGGUCAACCAGAUCAUUAACAAUUGUAUAGAUGCUCUAAAAUCAGAGUCCACGUCCUUCCAAGGGGUGAAAUCUGGUGCGGUGUCAACGGCAGAACCUCAGUUAGUCCUUAUUUCAGAGAAGCCUCAAAGCAAGUCUGGUUUCCUUUCACCUGUCUACAAGGACAGCUACCACCACUCUUUACAAAGACAUCACCUUUCAGAUGCCUCUCCAAAGCGCCCAAGUACAGCCACCGGUGGUCCCAAUCGGAGCCCAAGGCCUUAUCGCUCCGAGUCGAAGUACAUCGAGAAAACCUCGCCCACUGGGGAGACCAUUCUGACUAUCACACCCGCAGCUGCAAUACUAAGGGCAGAAGCAGAGAAGAUUCGCCAGUAUAGCGAGCAUCGACAUUCCUACCCUGAUUCCCACCAAAUCGAAGAGCUGGAAGGACCAGACAGCCGGAAAACCUCCAUCUUGGAGCCCCUGACAAGGCCUCGGCCCAGAGACUUGGCUUACUCACAGCUUUCUCCCCAUUACCACAAUCUCAGUUACUCUUCAAGUCCUGAGUACUACUGCAAACCGUCGCACAGCAUUUGGGAGCGCUUUAAACUCCAUCGCAAGCGCCACAAAGAUGACGAGUAUAUGGCCGCAGGCCACGCCCUGAGGAAGAAAGUGCAGUUUGCUAAGGAUGAAGACUUGCAUGACAUUCUAGAUUACUGGAAGGGAGUGUCAGCUCAACAAAAAUCUUAAUUCAGUUUUUUGUCUGUGUCUUUUUCACUUUUGAUGGACUACAAAGAACAGGACUGAAAUGAAUCCUAAUAAUCUAGUGAAAUGUGGAUAAAAAAUUACAAUUUAGGGAAAAAGGUUUGUGUACCAAAAGAUGCUACUCAAAGCAACAAGAGGAGAAUAUAUUGCAAAUAUAAAAUAUAUAUAUAUAUAUAUGUUAAAAUGGAUUUUUAGUAUUUGGUUUCCGCAUGGCCAAGUCCUGUGACAGUGGAUUUGCUGUUGUGUACUGUGAGACUCAAAAGAAUCCAACAGUGACAUACGUCUUCUGAAUUCUUAGUAUUUCUUCUUGCAGGACCACUGAAAUUUAUGGACAGUUUUCUCCCAAUAUUUGAGUUGUUCUAAAUACAAAUGAAUUAUGUACAGAUACUGUUUCUAUAUUUGCAACGUUUGCUGUUAAAAAAUGGAAAAAAAUCUAUAAUGUGUAUGAUUCAGGUUUAGACCAUGGAUUUUGGAGUUAGCUCCUGUGAUAUUUUCUGUCCUUAAAUGAAUGUUUACCGUCCUGAUGGAUAAACAUUGCACUGGUCAAUGAAAUGGCAUAUUUUCCUUUGGACAACGGUUUACGCAACCCUGCUUUGCCAAUUUUCUGUCUUCAGCCACGCCAUUGAUCAAACCGCACAAUAUUACACAAAGGCUGAUGAAAUAUUAUAUUUGUGUAAAUCUUGACCACAAAGUGUAUCAGUUUGGUUGGGAUGGUGUAGAUGAAACAUCUGCAUAAAUGAUUGCAAUGUCAAAGUAGAGAAAGAUAAAACAGAAAAAAAAUCUGUUCGUUUUGAUUUGUUUACCAGUAUUACUCCACAAAAACACUUCUGCUUUGACCUUAAGAUGCCUAAUAAUAGUGAGGGUUAUCUGAUCAUGAACCAAAGUGCUUGGUUGGCAGCUCAUCACACAUUUCCUGCAGAUGUUUUCCACCCAUCUCGAGCCAACAGCCCAAUGAAUGAAUGUACUACAUACAGUUUAACGAAAAGCAGCCUUUCAGCUGCAGUUAGUUUUUUUUAACCAUCUGAUAUUCAUUUUCUAUGCUGUUUGCUGAGUUAUAUUCAUUCUACUUUUUCUGUUUCAUGUAUUUCUCAUUUCUGUCAAUAAUAUCUAAUCAGAAAAAAGUUUAUAAAUCUAAGGGUAUGUUUAGGCUUUUCUACUGUUUGGCGGGUAUAAAUGCUUUUAUAAAUGUUGAACGCCACUGCACGGACAUGGAAAUGAUCAGCGCUGACCAGGAGGGUGAGACUUGAGAGAAAAGGACUACAUUAUUUAGCUGAACUGUUGCCACUAGAUCAGCUGAACCUAUUUACGGGAAGUUACUGGGUCGUCCAAUUUUUUUAUUUCAACCGCCUUAAACUUCUGAAAAUACCUGUGUAACUGUAUUUUUCUUUUUCUUUAAAUGUUGAUGUUUUUGAAAAGUCUUCAUCUGUUGUCUUUUUUUUAAAAGACGAAACAUUUCAGUAGAUUUCAAGAGCUGUCAGAUUUAUAGAUAAUCUAGCGAGUAACCUAUAUGUUUUUAUAUUGCAUAGUGUAGCACUCCUGUAUCUCAUUCAACUUAGAUCUGUUGGGAAAUCUGUGAAUGGGGAACAUCAGAUUCAAACAAGAGCACAAUGAGUGUUAUUUUGUAUUUCUUAAUAAUAUGUUACCUGCUUUCAGACAGAGUACUGUGAAAUAAAGGAAAGGGUGCACCCAUACUCUCAAUAUUCUCAUGAUGACAUUCUUUUGGAGUCCACUGGUAUAUUUUUUCUCUUGUGAAUGUGUGUGUACCUUUACUUCAUCCAAAAAUAAAAAAUCUGUCAUCAUUUACUCAACAUUGAGUCAUUUAAAAUCUGAAUACAUUUCUUUGUGUUGAGGAACACCAAAAGAUGUUUAGAAGAAUGCUCGUAACCAAACAGUUAUUUUGGCCUCCAUUGACUAGCCUACCAUAGUAGGAAAAAUGAAAAUACUGCAAAACUGUUUGCUUUUCUACAUUCUUUAAAAUAUAUUAUUUUGUGUUCAACAAAACAAAGAAAAUUAUACAGAUUUGGAUGAAGGGAGUCAUGA